AUGAGUUUGACCACAAUUGUAAAGGAUCGAAUCGCACAAGGCGAGAAAGCUCCCAAGGGGACUUACAUCCACCUAGUCGGCAAGAAGGAUGAUGUCAGGGAGCUUUGGGAGGCCUACCUUUCUAUCCAAGACGAGAUGUACACUCCGGAAGAGGACCAGGGCGAGAUCACCGAGGAGCAGUACGCGCACUACGUCCGGCUCGUCCACGACGCGAUCCGGUCGACGGACAAGGCCGACGACGCCUUCCAGAAGGACAUCAACGGAAAAGUGCUCAAGAAGCAGACCGCUAUGAUGGAUUUCAUCGAUUCCGUCGGGAUGCUCGAGAUCCAGUUGAUCGCAGGCAAGCUCGUAACCGCCGUGCACAACGUGCAGUCUGGGAAGAUGUCAGUCCCAGGCUGGCCGAUGCUGGCCGGGCUGCGGCUCCACAUGUUCAAGACUUUCCGCGAGCGUAUGGAGAAGGUCAUUGAGGUCCUGACUCUGUGGAAGGCUAUGUGCAAGGACUUGUUCUACACGGAGAUGACUUGGGAGAAGCGCAUUGCAAUGCAGCCGCAGGAAGAGGCGGACAAGAAGGCCACCAACGCCAGACUCAAUCUCCAGCGGAAACACCAGAAGGAGAAGGCGAAGAAAAUCAUUGAGGAGAACAAGAAGAGAGAGGCAGCUGAACUCGAGAGCGACAGUGGAGACAACGACAACGCGGACAACGACAACCAGAGGGAUGCGAGCAACGAGGCCACUCCUGUUCUUCCAAUGCCCGGCAACAAGAGGGCCAAGCGUAUCAAACCCGACCAAUUCAUCAACAUCACUACUCGUGCUCGCCGCGGCAAGAAGUCCAAGGCUGCUGGCUCGGCUGAGCAAGCCACCGACACUGACCCUGCCAGCCAGCCUGCUGAUCCCGCAGCCCAGGCGUCCACCAACACUGAUGGAUCCCCCCAGCCAGCCAGUCCCACAGCAUCAGAGCCCGCGAACGGCGACGAUUCGAGCCAGAUCGCCGUGUCCCCAGCGCCAGCUUCCAACAACACUGGUGGCUCUACCCAGCCUUCCAGUGGUACAGCCUUCGUGCCCAUCAAUGCUGGCCGUUCGAGCCAGCGCAGCCUUUCCUCAACUCCAGCACCCAAGAAGACUGGUGGCUCAAACGAGACCAACAACAUCUUUGCAGGCCCCGCUUUGGUCGACCACGGUCCCGCGUUGCAGGCCGCUCUGACAGCAGCGCCAAAGGGGCAGGGUGAGCUUUAUGAUACUUCCAAGUUCCCGGGACCGCUGGGAAAGCCCAUGGCUCAACAUGGCAACGAGCGACCCCCGGCCUACUCGCCUGGCCAAUACUCUCUGCCCCAGCAGCCUCAGAAGGCCCGGCUGUCCGGUCAUUACUUUCCGCAGCAGCCCCAGCCGCCUGGUGAGUACGUGAACAACCAGCAGGCCUCGUACGGCUUCCAGCAGAGCACUCCACAGAGCUACGGCCUUCAUCAGCCGAGUCAGCAAUUUCAGAUUCAAGGACCUCAACGCAGCGUCGCGCAGGUUCCUUCUCAUAGCCGAAUUUCCCAGCACGACCAAAUGCCUGGAAUCCAGCUCAACGGCCAGGAACCUCGCCUCCAACACAACGGUCAGGCGGUCGGCUUCCAGCAUAGCGAUCACGCAGCGAGCUUCCAGCCGAACGGUAGAGUGGCUAACUUCCAGCAGAACGGUCGAGUGGCUAGUAUCCAACAGCACGGUCGCAUGGCUAGCAUCCAACGUAACGGUCGGAUGGCUCGAAUUCGGCUGAAUGGUUCCCAUAGCUACAUAGUGAACAACUACUUCCAACACCCUGUGCCCGGAAGCUCGGUCAGCCAAGCCCUUCCCAUUACUCAGGGAGCGGACAACGAGUACACGGGCUAUGAGCAGGCCAUUGACUACGACCAGACCAUGGGUAACUCCCAGGACCAGAACAACGACGAGGCCACUGGAUACGCCAAAGUCUUGGGUGACGAUCAGUCCGAGGAUAAGUGCCAGGACUCGAAACCCGCAGUCCCUACUACUCCGACCCCCCCUCAGUCGCACUGGUCAGCGGCGCCUACUGAGGUGGGAAACGAUGACACGCCUGCGGUAACCACCACUGUCACCCCAUUUGUGGAGUCUCCGCCGUAUCUCGAGGAUGACACGGCUGUUGAAGAGACUCAUCGAACCUAUGUGCUGUCGGGAAUUGUCCCCCCAAAGGGGGGCGACGUCUACACUGGGGAGAUUCCGAGCAUGUUUCCGACGGUAGAUGAUGAUCACAACGCCAUCCAGGACCAGAUGAUGGGAUACUCCGACAAUGCGAAGAAGGAGGAGGAGGACGACGACGAUGAGGAUGAGUAUGAGGAUUGCAUGGACUUCUAG